UAUAAUGGAGCUGUUGAUACCUUGUCUCGAGUAUUUGAAGAUGAGUUGGAGAUGGGGGUGCAAUCUAUGACUAACGUCGUUCAAGAAUGGUUUGUGGAGAUUAAGCAUAUCUAUGUCAAUGAUUCAGAGGUGGCAGACUUGAUAGCAGCUGAUGCAGUUAACUCACUUGGACCUUCAUUUUGUAGGUGGUUAUUCGGGUGCACAAGUUACUUUCCAGUGUCUCAGGGCUCAUUUCUACUGACGUGGUAUGCAAUCGAUAAUCAAGAAAUGGGUUUCAAAGUGUGAUGUGUUCCACCAAUGUGAAGCUGAAACUAUAGCUUGUCCUAGCCUUCUGCAACCUCUUUCUAUUCCUACAAGUGCCCGAAAAGUUAUUAGUAUGGACUUCGUCGAAGGCUUGCCUCAGUCGCAAGGGAAACAAGUUCUGUUGGUUGUGGUGGAUAGGUUCACAAAGUGUGCGCGUUUCUUUGGCUUAAAACACCCCUACACUACUAGUGAAGUGGCUCAGGUGUUCUUCAAUGGUUUUUUUAAACAUCAUGGGAUGUCUUCUACUAUUGUGUGCAAUAAAGAUUCAACCUUUAC